GAAGCUGGGUAUUGCUAUCUAGGUGGAGUCUAUGAACUGAAUCAUUCAAGGUCUUUAUUUUCUCUUCACUUCUAUUUGCCCUCUCAAUCAUCCCUAACCCACACUUUUCUCCUCUGUGUCCCUCUCUUCUUCUUGCCACGUUUCCUUUUCUCAUGUUCUUCUGCCCUAGUUUCUUGGCCCCUCCUUCUUUGUCUUCUCCCUCUUUGUCACCCAGAGCGCAGUGAUCGUGAUUUCAAUGGCCUCCUCUCUUCACUCGUCCAGCUGCUUUCAGCCCCUGGAGCCCGAACACUGCUUGGCUUCCAAUCACUAGUGCAGCGAGAGUGGGUGGCAGCUGGACAUCCCUUCCUGACCCGACUUGGAGUAACUGGAGCCAGUGAAGAGGCUCCAGUGUUUCUUCUCUUCCUUGAUUGUGUCUGGCAGCUCCUCCAGCAGUUUCCAGCUGAGUUUGAAUUCUCAGAGUUUUUCCUUCUUGCUCUUCACGACAGUGCCAGAGUUCCUGACACUCUCACAUUCUUGAGAAAUACUCCCUGGGAGCGUGGAAAGCAGAGCGGACAGUUCAACUCCUAUACACAAAUCUGUACCCCAGGGUACUCCCAACCCCUUGCUGGGAACUCGGUUAACCCACAGCUGUCCGUCUGGGACUGGGAUUUACGUUACAGCAGUGAACAGAUACUACAAUUCCAUAAUCCUGGCUAUGACCCGGAAUACUGCCCAGAUUCCUGGCUCCCUAGACAGCAGCCAAGCUUCCUGGUUCCUGGACCCCCCAGUUCUGUGUGGCUCUUCUCCAGAAGGGCCCUGACCCCCAUGAAUCAGCUCUGUCCUUGGCGGGACAGCCCCUCCCUACUGGGUGUCUCUUCUCGUUGGCUCCCUCGACCUGCUGUCUCCUCUGAAAGCCUGGCUGAUCAGGAGUGGGGGCUCCCCUCACACUGGGGAGCUUGCCCUUUACCCCCGGGGUUGCUGCUGCCUGGAUAUCUGGGACCCCAG